AUGAUGCAACAACUUCUGCAAGGUCAACAGAUUCAAGAAAAAGCACUAAACCAGGCAACAGGGAACACUCCCAGGGAAAACAUACAAGAAUACCAAGGACUGUCAGCCGAGCUGAGAAGUGGAAGACAUCUAUCAGAUCCUGUCCCCAAGAAGCUCACUGCUCAAGAGAAGGGAAAACAGAAAGAGGGAGAACCACCUUCGCUUGAGGAUGUCCACGAUGACGAUCAUGAACUAGAACAGCCAACAACUGCAGAACCAUUAGCCCCCACGACGCAAGAUCAACCUGUUCCAACUCGCGUCUACAUUCCAAAAGUUCCCUAUCCAGUCCCUGCUAAGAAAUCACGCAAGGAUUGCGAAGAGAUGAAGUGCAAAAAGAUGCUUGAAGAGUUGAACGUUAAGUUCUCUCUCAUGGAUGCAAUUCAGAUGAUUACUUCAAUGCACAGUCUUGUGAAAGGGCUGAUCUCCGGGAAGACUUUUGCAGACAACAACAUCAUGAUGAUUGGAAAAACAGCCUUCGCUUGUUCUCUGUGCGAUUUGGGUUCCAGUGUGAAUCUUAUGCCCUACUCAGUUGCAAAACGCAUGGGACUAACCAACUUCAAGCCAACCAGGAUUUCUUUGGUGUUCGUAGACAGAUCAGUCAAGUUGCCAGUAGGUGUUCUUGAAGAUCUACAAGUUCAAAUUGGUGACACCACUGUUCCGGCAGACUUCGUUGUUCUAGAGCUCGAAGAUGAACCAAAAGACCCUCUCAUUCUGGGCCGUCCUUUCCUGUGCACAACUGGUGCAAUCAUUGAUGUCCGCAACGGGAUGAUUGAUCUCCAACUGGGAGAUAUUGUGAUGAAGUUCGAGAUGGAUGAGCUCCUCAAACGACCUAUGCUAGAUGGUCAGAACUUCACGAUUAGCGACGAGAAUGCCGCCUUGACUCCUCAACAAGGGAUGAUCAAAGAAAUCCUCGCAAAUGAUCCUUUGAAAGUAGCUCUGAUACGAGUAGAGUCUGAGCAGAACACGUGCAACGUUGAUGCCGACGGAUACGAAAAGAUGCUAGACUCUUGUGAAAUCAUCGAGAAGCCGGUUGCUUUUCUAAGUCUGGGGGAAACGAGCAAUCAGAUUUCACCAGAUUUCACCAGAAGGAGCAACUGCUCCUAA